UCGUUCCUUGUCUCGCGUGGCCUUCUUUAUUCGUUGUUCACGGCCAUGGAACGCGGUACGCGUGUGCGCGAGUGUCUGCUCGGACUGGAUAAACAUCCCGUGCACGGUUCGUGUCAAGGGCAAGCUCCGCGAAGACGUUCCUCGGGGCACAUCUACGUAACACGAUUCGCGCGGUUGUUUGUAUACAAAGAGCGUUGCCCGUGCGUCCUCGGGACGGGGAAAAAAAGGAUACAUAUCAGUGCUUCGACGGUGUUCAACGGAAAUCGCAGAGCAACAGAUGAUAGCACCAGUUAACCAGACACGUGGUUCGAAAGUAGGAGCAAACCGUUUCGAGAUACAAGAAACGGAGCGACGAAAGCUCGUGUACGAGCGAUGGCGGAACCGUUGACCGGAAAUCGCACUACCGGUUUCUCUUCUCGAGUACGAACGCUUUUAUUCGUAACGCGGUUGAUGAAAUUCCUGAAACGGUUCUCGGAACAACGGAAACAUUCUCAAUUUCGCGUAGAGCGUAAAUAAUGAACAGGAAAAUCGUGGGGGAUAUAAUAUUCUUUACGAUAAAAGUAAAGAAAGGAAAGAGGAACGUUCGUUAAAAUGGUAAAGAAUCGCGAGGAAAGCCGAAAAAGAUGUAGACGCCCAUGAAAAAUACAUCGAAGGAGUAACGACGAGCAACGUGGCUUUAACCGGUAAUUGGACCAUUCUUUUUGCCAUUGAGGUAGUAAUGGCCCUUGUAGCGUGGUCACGCUACACUACGGUGCGCCAUAGUACUAUAGAGACUUCCGGCCCGCCGCAGGAAGUGAGACACACGUGUUCAGCCGUAUGUGUUCCCAUAAUACGGGCCUCGGCUCCUCCUCUACAGUGCGUUGCAAGUUCGAUGGCCCAUACGGGAAGCAAGCACGCCACGGAUAUAUUACCGUUCCUUCUGGGAAACACGAGUCGAAGAAAAGUGAGCAAACGUCAACGAUCGAGUGAAUUCGCAGACGCUUAGAUCCCUCACGCGACCAGACUACGAUUAAACAAAGAAUCGGAAGAAUUUUGGUAGAAACGUUUCGCACUGCCGCUAACAAUGGAACGAAACUUAACGUCAAUGAAAUUAUGCAGUCGGUGCAGCAGAUCAUUCAGGAUCCUGACACGCAAGUUCGGUUGGACCUGAUGGAACAGCUGCCGCACGUGGCGACGAUCUGCCAGGAAGCUUCUCAUCUAUUCGGCGACGUUCUCCACGACCAUCUGUUCAGCAUCAUUAUCACGUAUCUUCAGGAUCAAGAUAACCAGGUACGAAUGACGACCCAGGCAGUGGUGCUCACGUUGAUAAAGAGCGGCCUCCUCGACAGCACCACGAUCGAGGUCAAAGUCUGUCCCGUGAUAGAAGUACUCUGCAGGACUUCGGUCGAUUUCCUUCAAUCUGGCAUCAUGUUCAUGAGCAAGAUGGCACCGCUCAUUGGCAAAAAGCUGACAGAAAAGAUUUUUCUGGACAGAUACAUAGCCCUGUGCAAGGAACAGGAUAUCCACGUGAGAAAAGUAUGCGCGUCGCACUUCGGGGAGAUUUGCGUCGCGGUCAGAAGAAAGGCAUUUCUUCAAAAAUUGUUUCCGGUAUUCGUCGAUCUGUGCUGCGAUAAAGCAUGGGGCGUACGGAAAGCCUGCGUGGACGUUAUGAUGCCAGUCGCCUGCUGCAUGACCCUUCAACAACGUCAAUUACUGUUGGCCGAACUCCUGGCCAUGCAUCUCGACGACGAAUCGAAAUGGGUGCGAAUGUCUGCCUUUCAAAUUUUAGGACCAUUUAUAUCCACGUUCGCGAAACAGUUUACCGAAGUAACUUAUAAUGAACACGGCGAGCUAGUGUUUACCAGCCAACAAGAUACUCGUUUCAGUAUAAGGUACUCGUACGAAGGCAACUAUCCUCCGAAAUACGUGGUGCGAAGUCACUCGUUCGAUCAGGAGGAGCUUGAUACUAAGGAUAAUUUCAAUUCGCCUGUGAUAAUACAAAAACCGAUUUCCGACGACGAGGAGGAAGAAGAUUCUCAGGAGGAUCACAUUUUCGCUCUGAGAGCUUAUAAAUCUAAGAUGCAAAGAAAGAUGAAUCAAAACCAAUCGACGGACGACACGGAGAAGUACAAUACAUUUUUAUAUUACUACAUAGCGCCAGAUCUGCCUUUAGACGAGGAACUCGUCGAAGCCGCGAAGAGAUCGUCAGCGAAGAACAACGUAGAUUGGAAGCCGAUGGCCGACACGGCCAGUAGCAAAGCCUCUUCGUUAGACGACGUAGUGGAAGAGGAGAAAUUUCCAGAGGUCGAAUUGAUAACCGUAAACGAGGAAGAGCUAGUCCCGUUGCAUUUAGUCAAUGUGUUCCUAACGAUGGCCGAGCCAGAACGAUACUCAGACAUAGGAGCAGACAUUCUUCAUCAUUGCGCUUUCAGUUUUCCCGCGGUCGCUCUAACGUUAGGUAGAGAACACUGGUGUUACCUACAACCGACGUAUAAAUUACUUUUGAACGCUGAUCAAUGGAAAGUCAGACGUACACUGGCCUCGAGCAUCCACGAGAUCGCGACCAUACUGGGCGAAGAACUGACCGCGAGCGACCUCAUCCCUGUCUACGAUUGGUUCAUCAAGGACGUAGACGAAGUCAGAAUAGGCGUACUGAAACACCUAGCGACCUUUUUGAAGAUACUUAAGCCCACCGAUCGCUGCCUAUAUCUACCAAGACUGAAGGAAUUCCUGGUCACCGAUAACGAAUGGAACUGGAGGUUCCGGGAGGAGCUGGCUACUCAACUGUUAGAAAUUGUCAAUCUUUUCGGUGCUGCGGACGUGGAAAGAUUCAUCGUGCCCCUGUCUCUUGAGCUGCUGAGCGACAAAGUCGCUGCUGUGAGGCACGUUGCACUUUCUUUGGUGACACAAAUCGUGGCUCAUUUAUCCGACAACGAACGCUUGAUUACUGCCCUGUUUCAAGAGCUCAAGUUCUCGCUAGGGGUGUGGGCGAAGAAAUGGAUCCGACGACAAACGUUAGUAUUUGUAUGCGCUCAGUUGAUAGCCAACAACGCUAUCAGCGGGCAUAGGUUCUCUCAGGAAAUGUUGCCUAGUUUAUUGAAGCUGUCCAGGGACAAAGUACCAAACGUAAGAUUGGCUGUGGCGAGAACUUUGUCGAAGAACGUUAUCCCGAUGGGACCAAACUGGUUAGGAGCGGAACAAGCGGAAGAAGUGGAGAAAAGAUUAAGAGAGAUGCGUUCAGAUCCUGAUCGCGAUGUUCGAGUGUUGGCCGGGGGCGAGGAGAAUCCUGUGUUAGAUAUAUUGUCGCAAACCAAGGCCGAACAAUCGAGGAACAUACUGUUUUAACAAAUUCUAUCCCCGCAAGAAUCAAAUUCGAAUAAUUUCCUGCCAUACGAGACGAUUGUUUUAGAUUGGACAGCCACGGGAGAGGAUAAAAGGUGCCGUAAAAGUGUUCUUCCAUGUGUGAAUUGUCUGUACAAGCGACAGAAAAUUAAUUGGAAGAGAAACGCGGGGACGACGUUGUUGUACCGGGGAGGGAGGAUGAACGAGAGGAAUGAUAGGUUUUCUUUUUUCACCAGACACCAUGUGUAUUUAUCUACAAUGUAAAGAAAGAAUAAUAAUACCAGCUCAAAUUUUAAAUAAACGAAACAUUUACCAUUUUAAGUGCAGUCGAGAUAGACAAAGUGCAACUGAACGUUGUCGAUAACCAGGGGACCGAGGAUUUUCCGCGUCCUUUAGACUAAGACGGAUAAGUAUCAAUGGUCAAAAGACAUUACGCAAUUAUAUAAGAGUGUGUGUGAGAGAGAGCGCGUUUAAGAGAAGUUAACGUAUGCGUGGUUAAGGUUCGCGGGUAUGUAUGCGUUUACCAUUGUGAUCAAUUUCUAUUUGUAAGUGGGUCCCUUGGACAAACAAGCCGGAUAUUACUAAUUCGAGAUAUCGCAUCGACGAGAUCUCUUGUUCUUCGGUAAACUGUCAUAGCACGUUCUCUUCGGGAACCGCGUUAAUUGUUAUCCUUUCACAGAUUAAUCGGAACUCUACUGUUCGUCGAAGGAGAAAUAAUUCGAUGAUCCUGUGCAUGCAACCAGACACGUACUUCACUUUUGUAACUUUUGUAACGCGUCGAUCGGCUCGAGUUUUCGUGCUAUGACUGGUGAUGAACUUUUGUGUGCGUCAUCGACAAAUGUCUCUACGUCGAAUGGGGGGAAAAAAAAAGAAUGAGAAAACACGACAUGGAAUUUUACGAUUAGAAACAGAAAAAAAAGGCUUAUACGUUGCACGAUAUUGAGAUCGUUCAUAAUCGUGCGAUAUCACUGUGAUUUUUGUCUACGCGCAAUCACACGGACGAAUGUGUAUUGUUUCAUGUAGAUAUAUUAUUGUAAACGUUAAGAAUUGUAAGCACGAAUUAUCGCUGAGCCACCGAUAUUUAAAUUAUUCGAAUCAGAAUUUUAAUCACACAUCGAGGGUCUUGCAUUUAGAAAGUUUUCGGUGACUUUGUAUUUCAAAUUAAAGAAUCACACGGGAGACAUCACGUUUGUACGAUUUACACGAUAAUACUAGUUUGUAAGCAACGGGAUAAACGAAACUGAGAAUGAUGUUGAAUAAAUGUGUAUUAUACGAGAUUUUACAAGUGUAGAGGAUACGCGCGGACCGUAGACAAAAUGAAACAAAAGUGAUCCGCUAAAUUGUACAUUCGCGAAUAAAAAAAAGAAAAAAUGAGAGAUCGUUACCGAAUAUCACUACUGUGAAAUAUUUCUACGACAUCGAGUCGCGAUAACUGGAUAUUUCGCGACAAUUAUUAAGUAGAACGAAUUAUCGUGUCUUGGAUAAACUGUUCUCGUUGAAAAACGUAAUGAUUGGGCUACAGUGACUUCCUGUAAGCAACGAAGACUCGUUACUUGUGAAUACGUUUGAAGAAGAAGAAAGAAAACGAAGUUUUGUUUAAAAUAUUCUGUAUAAUAUAUUGUGUGUUUGGUAAUGAGACGAAAAAAAAAUAUACACCAUGCGAUUUGUUACAUAA